AACCGAAACCAAUAUCUAAAACCCUAACCCUAACCCUAACCCUAACGACGAGCUCAUCAGAGGUUUAUCACAUUCAAUCGAAUACUCAACCUAAUCAGAAUCAUUCAACGAUGUCAAUUGCUAACGAAACACCUGCAAUUGAGCAAGCAACGAACGAAAACGAAGAUCCAGAGCCAUUAGAAGACGAAACAGACGACGAUGAAGAGCUUUCAUGGUCAUCGGAUUCCGAAAUCGGAGAAGCGUUGGAUUAUUUGGACUUGAAGGAUGAUGCCGGAGCAGUUGACGGAGCUCUGGUGCUAAACGCACGCCGGCCGAAUGCUCACGGAGGAGUACACUCCCGUCCUAAUGCGUCGGCUCUGCAACCGCUUUCGAAUCGGAACCAGAAGUUUACUAAUCAUAUUAGGGCUUCUCCAUUGGAGGAGUGGGAAGGAAGGUGGAACCGUGGCAUGUCAAACUCGGUCACCACUGCUAUCCGUGAGAGUGUGCGAGGGAUGGCUAUUGGUAAGACCAAAACUACUGAAAAAGCUGAUAGAGCAACCGUUGAACAAGCAAUCGACCCUAGAACUCGCAUGGUUCUGUUCAAAAUGUUGAAUCGUGGUGUUUUUCACGAUAUAAAUGGCUGCAUUUCAACCGGGAAGGAGGCAAAUGUAUAUCAUGCUACGAAAUCUGAUGGCCAGGAACUGGCAAUCAAAGUGUACAAAACUUCUGUUCUUGUCUUCAAGGAUAGAGAUCGCUAUGUACAAGGUGAUUACAGGUUCAGACACGGAUAUUGUAAGCACAACCCGAGGAAAAUGGUGAAGACAUGGGCCGAAAAGGAAAUGAGGAAUCUUAUGCGCCUGAAAGCAGCUGGAAUUCGUUGCCCAACUCCACUUCUUUUAAGGCUCCAUGUUUUGGUUAUGGAGUUCAUAGGGACCACUGGAUGGGCUGCACCUCGACUCAAAGAUGCCGCACUUUCUCUAGACAAGUUACGAGAGGGUUACGUUGAGAUGAUAACUUCAAUGCGGGUACUAUAUCAAAAAUGCAAGCUAGUACAUGGAGACCUUAGUGAGUAUAACAUACUCUACCACGAGGGUCACUUGUACAUCAUCGAUGUAUCUCAAUCAGUUGAUCUUGAUCAUCCUCAUGCGCUUGAUUUUUUGAGAGAGGAUUGUGUUCACGUAUCCGAUUUCUUCAAGAAACAUGGGGUGGCGGUUAUGACUAUCCGUGAGUUAUUUGACUUCAUUGUUGACCCGUCAAUCGGUGAUGAAUCUGUUGACAGUUAUUUGGAGGAGGCUCAAAAAAAAGUUACGGCUCGGGGACACGAGAUUUCUGCCGAGGAUGAAAUUGCAGAUGCCGUUUUCGUCCAGUCAUAUAUCCCGAAGACACUGGAUAAUGUGAAAAACGCUGAGGCGGAUGUAAUACGCUUAACAAGCGGACAAGACACGGGAGAUAUGUAUUAUCAAACGAUUACAGGACUCAAACACGCGCGUCAAAUUAAAGAACAACAACAUCAAGAAACAAAUCUUUCAGAACAUUCCCUUGAUGAUCCGACACAACAUGCUAAUUCACAUGAUCAAGAAUCACCAACCGUUGAAGAUAACGACUCAGAUGAUUCUGAAGAUGAUGAUGAUGACGACGAUGAUGAUGAUGAAUCUUUUUCUGAUAAUGAGAAACCGACACCUUUAGAUAAGAAAGCAGCAAGAAAAGAGAACAAGAAGAAAGUAAAAGAAGAGAAGAGAGAAGCCCGGAAGACUAAAGUGCCCAAAGCGGUUAAGAAGAAAAAGAAGAAGCUGGCCAAAGCUAAGAAAACUCGGUAAAAAAAAGUAUCGGUUCGACAGUUUUAUAGUAAGAUUCUUGUAUACCGUAGAUAAUUUUGUAUCUUGUUGAGUUUUCUUAGCCUUCGCGUCUCUAUUUAUACUGUAUGCGUGAACAAUCCCGAUUAUCUCUUUAAGUUUUUAAUUCGUUUUAUUUAACCUAACCUUUCUUUUGGUUAUGUUGGCUCUAUACGCUAUUGGUGGGAUUUACUGCUAUAGAAUACCGACGGGAUUAUAUCAAGUAACUUUAUGAUUUCAACCUCGACAUGUAUAUAUGAUUUGAUUAGCCACGUAUUACGCUUCAAAUAUGGGUGAAAUAAAGUUGGUCUCUAACUUGAUGGCUCUUG